AUGCGCUUGCGCGGACGGCUAUUACUUGCCAAAGCUGACCAUCCUGCCGCUUCACUUGAGCUGUGUGUACGCAUGGCUUUUCUUGCAAGCAGUUGCGUAACAACUGCGCAUCCGCUAACCCGUCGUUCAGCGAAGCAGCGCUGUGCGGCAGGGGUCCACGUGCGUCGCGCGUUGCUGGCCUCAGGUGCUGCUGGCGAGCGAAGGUUGCGGCGCGUGCAGCACCCACUGAUUCAAAGACUCGCUGAGGGCAUAGAGCGCACUUGGCAGACAGAGCUGCAUGACCUUGCGCCGUUUCACCUACCAGAGGACCUAGGCUACAUCGAAGGGAAACUCGAAGGCGAGAGAGUCGUUAUCGAGAAUGUCUGUCAUCAGAGUCCGGCCUUUCGAAAAAUGCAUCUGGAGCUAGCACGUGUCGGGACCUCCCAGACCGCGUCCUUGGAUAUUCUGCACUGUGUUAUGUUCCCGUGCGCUGGGCGCGUCGGAACCAAUGUACCCAUGUUCGGCUGUGAUAUUGUAGCGGGACGGGGAGCGGUAUCCGCAGCGAUCGUCGACCUGUCGCCAGUCAGCGCCUCGCGAGAACUGCCGCCGAGCUACCGAGACGCACUGCAGUCGCCGGAAAUGGCUGCGCUUCGACGUUUUCGCCAGGUACGCGAGUUGCCGGCUUGGGGUCGCGAGAUCUUCUCCGAAUUCUGCGUUUUCAUACGCCCGGUGCAGACACCCGAAUGCAAUGAAGAGGAUCGCUUCGUGGAUUUAGUAUUGCGGAUGCUCCGGAUUCACUGCCAUCUAGCACAGAAGAGCACGAGCACACCACAUCUGGACCAGGUAAGAGAGGCCCUGGAGGGCCAGAUUCACUACUGUCGAAAACAGCAGGAGAAUGACAAAACGCGCCGUGUCCUGGAGAGUGCUUUCGGUAAACCCUGGACGGAGCGCUACAUUAGCACGGUGUUGUUUGAUUCGCCGGUGCUGGCAGCGAACUAG